AAAAACACACAGUCAGUCGCCUGUGGACAAGCAGCCCGACUUGACGUAACGAACGACGCGAUUCCGAGAUUUGCGAUUGGAGAUUUGCGGUUGGAGAUUUGAGAUUUGGGGCCGCCGAUUCGGAGAUUUCAGACGCGACGCCUGCGCAAACGGCUGCCAAAGCGGCGAUUCUUAAACCACUCGAUAUUCCAAUAAAUCGAAUUUUGUUUGUGUGACUCCCAGUGACUUUUCAAACAAACAGUGACCUUUAAGUAACGAUUUUCGAGUGAUUUUCCAAACAGUUUUUUGAAAAAGUUUGAAAUUAAAUUUUAAAAUUCUUGCUAAGUGAUUACAAAAUUGCCAGAGAUUUGAUUUUUUUCGAGUGCUUAGUUGUGGAACCUUUUGAAAAUUUUGAGUUUUAAGUGAUUUUUCAAAACUUCAAUUUUCGAAACCUUUAAAGUGAACCAAAGUGAUUUUGGAAGCUCCAACACUGGUGUUUAAAAGCAACUACUGAAGAACAUGCCUCCCAAGGCGAUCUGUGGGCUUUUGCUCCUAAUUCUGCUGGAGAUCUUCGGUGGAAUCCCCGGAAGCCAGGGCAUUCCCAACGAUGCCUACCUGAAGAUGUUCCCGCAACAGGCUCCUCCGGAUGACCUGUGCUACGACAAGGCCCGGGAGCCACAGGUCUGCGUUCCGGACUUCGUGAACGCCGCCUUCGAUGCCCCCGUGGUGGCCAGUUCCACCUGCGGAUCGGAGGCCAGUGGACCGGAGCGUUACUGUGAGUUCCAGGAGCACGAGCGUUCCUGUCACACCUGCGAUCAGGCGGAUCCACUGCGCAGCUUUCCCGCCCGCUCGCUGACCGAUCUAAACAACUCCAACAAUGUGACCUGCUGGCGCAGUGCACCCGUGACCGGAAGUGGCGACAAUGUGACCCUCACCCUGUCGCUGGGCAAGAAGUUCGAGCUGACCUACGUGAUCCUGCAGCUGUGCCCCCAUGCCCCGCGUCCCGACUCCAUGGUGAUCUACAAGAGCUCCGACCACGGGCUCACCUGGCAGCCCUUCCAGUACUACAGCUCCCAGUGCCGCAGGGUGUUCGGUCGUCCCGCCCGCCAAUCCGCUGGGCGGCACAACGAGCACGAGCCCCGCUGCACGGAUAUCACCCGACCGCUGGCCUCGAGGAUUGCCUUCAGGACGCUGGAGGGACGACCCUCUGGACGGGAUCUGGACUCAUCGCCGGUGCUGCAGGACUGGGUGACGGCCACGGACAUCAGGGUGGUGUUCCACCGCCUGCAGCGACCCGAUCCCCAGGCGGUGCUCUCCCUGGAGGCGGGCGGGGCACCCGUGGACCUGGCCAGUGGCAAGUACAGUGUACCGCUGGUGGGCACUGGACCCACGGGCAACAACAUCGAGGUGCAGCCGGGACUGGAGGUGGUGCCCCCGUCCGGCGGACUCCACUAUGCCAUCUCGGACUUCGCGGUGGGCGGGCGGUGCAAGUGCAACGGACACGCCUCCAAGUGCUCCCCGGACUCCAGUGGGCAGCUGAGCUGCGAGUGCAGCCACAACACCGCCGGCAGGGACUGCGAACGCUGCAAGCCCUUCCACUUCGACCGCCCCUGGGCCAGGGCCACCGCCAAGGAGACCAACGAGUGCAAGGAGUGCAACUGCAACAAGCACGCCCGCCAGUGCCGCUUCAACAUGGAAAUCUUCCGGCUCUCCCAAGGCGUCUCCGGCGGAGUCUGCCAGAAUUGCCGCCACUCGACCACCGGAAGGAACUGCCACCAGUGCAAGGAGGGUUUCUACAGGGACAGCACCAAGCCACUCACCCACCGCAAGGUUUGCAAAGCCUGCGAGUGCCAUCCGAUCGGCUCAUCUGGCAAGAUCUGCAACAGCACCAGCGGUCAAUGUCCCUGCAAGGACGGGGUCACCGGACUGACCUGCAACCGAUGCGCCAGGGGCUACCAGCAGAGCCGCUCCCACAUCGCCCCCUGCAUAAAGCAACCGCCGCGAAUGAUCAACAUGCUGGACACACAGAACACCGCUCCCGAGCCUGAUGAUGCCGAAUCCUCGCCAGGAGUUGGCGUCGAUCGCAAUGGCGCCUCCGGAACGGCCGCCCAGUCCCAGUACUAUCGCACCGAGGGCGGCAGGGAAUGCGGCAAAUGCAGAGUCAGCACCAAAAGGCUAAACCUAAACAAGUUCUGCAAAAGAGACUACGCAAUAAUGGCCAAAGUAAUUGGUCGCGAUACGAGCAGCGAGGCGGCCAGCAGGGAGUCUCAGCGACGCGCAAUGGAUCCCGACGUGGCGGACUACGAAAUGGACCAAGACCAGCCGGGAUCGCCGAGGUCGCCGAUUACGACGGAGUACGAGUUCCACUAUCCCAAUCCAAACUCCAGUCCCAGCGACAGCGAAAUGGAGCACUACGAUCUGCAGAUCCAGGCCGUCUUCAAGCGCAGCAGGCCAGGCGAAAGCAGCGGCGCGGGGAACGUCUACGGAAUGCCGAGUACAACCCUAAAACGCGGUCCUAUGACCUGGAUCAUACCGACUAAGGAUUUGGAGUGCCGCUGCCCCAAGAUCAGAGUAAACAGAUCCUAUUUGAUCUUGGGUCGGGACUCGGAGGCGCCACCCGGAUACCUGGGCAUUGGGCCGCACUCCAUAGUGAUCGAAUGGAAGGAGGACUGGUAUCGACGCAUGAAGCGCUUCCAACGGAGGGCGCGCACCUGUGCGUAAUCCUCCCCCAGAUGAUUAUAGUCCCACUCCCUGUGUGUAGUCCCAAGAUUCUAGGUCCUAAGAAAUGAUUGAGAGCACAGAGCCGAACAGGAGAAAAACAAUCAAAUCGUGUCAUUGUCGCUUAAACAGUUUUUUUUUGUUUUUUUUUUUUAAAUGUCAAUGUCAAAUUAACCGAUUUUGUAGCAGUUUAAAAUCAAACUAGUGGUAUUUUAUUUAUUUAACUUUAACUUCAAUUGUUACAAAACAAUCGGUUAUUGAUUAACUUCAAUCAAACACACGAAAGUAUCUAUACAUGUAAUCUAUGUAAUCUAUAUAUACGACUUGUAUUAUUCGCUAAAUUAGGAUUCCUGUCAGCCCAGUUUAAGCAUUUGUGAACAAUUUACGUACUAGGGCAGUCUCGAGAAAGCGAAACGAGCGCCAGUAAGCAAUAAUUUAUUUGUAAGAAACACCUUGAUGCAUGCAUGACUCGCAAAAAAUCGUAAUUAAUAAAUAUUGU